AUGACUAUUUUGGAAAAGGUGGUCAACCCAAGAAGGAAGGAUUGGAGCCUUCGUCUUGAUGACACCUUGUGGGAUUAUAGGACGGCCUUUAAGACUCCUAUUGAGAUGUCUCUUUAUAGGUUGGUCUAUGGAAAAGCUUGUCAUCUUCCGGUUGAGAUCCAACAUAAGGCAUAUUGGGCAGUCAAGAAGUGCAACUGGGAUUUAGAGGCAGUUGGAGAGGCCAAACUUUUAAAGCUUCAGGAGUUGGAAGAGCUCAGAGAACUCCGAUCCAAGUGGCUUGGUCCAUCUGGUGUUCCUCACGUUUAUCCUUAUGGUGCAGUAGAUAUCAUUAAUCUUGAGAUAGGGAAAGUUUUAAAAGUAAAUGGGCAUAGGUUGAAGGUCUUCCAUGAUGGCGAGUCUUUGCUUUGA